CGCCGUGUCAGUGCGCGGACUUGACGUGUCACAGUGUCCACAGUGGAAAGCGAUCCAAGCGGCAGCCCGGGAACUGGUAAACAAACAGAGCCACAAGCGGUGCGUAAAAGGAGGCGGAUUUUGGAGGUUGAUUUUGGUUGCGGCGCGCGUAAAAAAAAAAAAAAAAACGCACCUGGGAUACAUACCUUCGUUCGGACAUGUGAGUUUCAGGACUUUUUUUUUUUUUUUUUUUUUGGCAUUUCUCAACCAAGAUGAAGUUCCUCGCCUGCGCCGUCGCCGCUUUGCUGCUCGUCCGAUCCUGCGCCGCGCAGUCAGUUUGCCCUGGCACGGAGAAUAAGUUAAGCACCCUCUCAGACCUGGACCAGCAGUACCGCACCCUAAAGAAGCUUUAUGAGAACUGUGAAGUCGUCAUGGGAAACUUGGAGAUAACCAGCAUCGACCGGAACCGAAAUCUCUCCUUCCUCAAGUCUAUCAGAGAGGUGACAGGCUACGUGCUGGUGGCUCUGAACCAGUUUGACUACCUGCCACUGGAGAACCUGCGGAUCAUCAGAGGCACCAAGCUGUACGAGGGCCGCUACGCCCUCGCCAUCUUCCUCAACUACAGGCGGGAUGGGUACUACGGACUACGGCAGCUGGGCCUCCGCAAUCUCACAGAGAUCCUGAAUGGCGGCGUCUAUGUUGACCAGAACAAAUUCCUGUGCCAUGCGGACACCAUACAUUGGCGUGACAUUAUCAAGAACCCGCAGGCGGAGCUGUUGGUUGUGCCAUCCAACAACAGCAACCUGGGAUGUAGACGCUGUCAUCGCUCGUGUAACGGACGCUGCUGGGGUCACCAGGAGGACCAGUGUCAGACCUUGACGAAGACGGUGUGCGCCGAGCAGUGUGACGGUCGAUGCUUCGGACCUUACGUCAGCGACUGCUGCCACCGCGAGUGCGCUGGCGGAUGCUCGGGUCCCAAGGACACCGACUGCUUUGCUUGCACCAACUUCAACGACAGCGGCGCGUGUGUGACCCAGUGCCCUCAGCCGUUUGUGUACAACCCGACGUCCUUCCAGCUGGAGCACAAUCCCCGAGCAAAGUACACCUACGGAGCCUUCUGUGUCAAGAAAUGCCCACAUAACUUUGUGGUGGACCAUAGCUCAUGUGUCCGCGCGUGUCCUAGCAACAAGAUGGAAGUGGAGGAGAACCGCAUCAAGAUGUGCAUUCCCUGUACAGACAUCUGCCCUAAAGUGUGCGACGGCAUCGGGACGGGCAGCCUGCAAACGGCUCAAACGGUGGACGCCAGCAAUAUUGAUAAAUUCGUCAACUGCACGAAAAUCAAUGGCAACCUCAUCUUCCUCAUCACUGGGAUUAAAGGGGACAUGUAUCAUGGAAUUGGACCGAUGGAUCCCGAGCGCCUUAACGUAUUCCGCACUGUCAAAGAGAUCACAGGUUACCUCAACAUCCAAUCUUGGCCCGAGAACAUGACCGAUCUGAGUGUUUUUUCCAACCUGGCUACCAUUGGCGGGAGAUCCCUUUACAGUGGAAGCGGCAUCUCCUUGCUGAUCCUGAAGCAGCGUUGGAUCUCCUCCUUGCAGUUCCAGUCGCUGGAUGAGAUUAGCGCGGGCAACGUCUACAUAUUCAACAACAGCCGUCUAUGCUUCUACAACACCGUCAACUGGACAUCACUCUUCCGGACGCCGAGCCAGAAAGUGCUCAUCCGUAACAACCGUGACCCGAAGGAGUGCACCCAGCAGCGCAUGGUGUGCGAUCAGAUGUGCUCCGAUGAAGGUUGCUGGGGUCCCGGACCCGACCAAUGCCUGUCCUGCCGCCACUUUAAACGGGGCCGCACCUGCGUGGAAUCCUGCAAUCUUUUUGACGGGGAGCUGCGCGAAUUCGCCAAUGGAUCCGUGUGUCUGCAGUGUGAUAGCCAGUGUGAGAGGAUGGACGGGAACGCCAUGACUUGUGUCGGCCAGGGUCCGGACCAGUGUGUUAAGUGCCUCCACUUCAAAGAUGGGCCUAACUGUGUGGAGAAAUGCCCUGACGGCCUGCAGGGGGCGAACAGUUUCAUCUUUAAAUACGCCAAGGCCAACAACGAGUGCCACCCUUGCCACGCCAACUGCACCCAGGGGUGCAUUGGGCCAAGACUCCAAGAUUGUGUUGGGAUGAUGGACAGGACGCCCCUCAUUGCUGCUGGAAUCAUCGGUGGCCUGUUCAUCAUUGUCAUCGUGGCGCUCAGCGUCGCCGUGUAUGUUCGACGUAAAAGCAUCAAAAAGAAGAGGGCCUUGCGCCGCUUCCUGGAGACGGAGCUGGUGGAGCCCUUGACCCCGAGUGGGACAGCCCCCAACCAGGCUCAGCUGCGCAUCCUGAAGGAGACGGAGUUGAAGAGGGUCAAGAUUCUAGGCUCAGGGGCUUUUGGGACCGUUUACAAGGGCAUCUGGGUCCCAGAAGGUGAGACGGUGAAGAUCCCGGUGGCUAUUAAAAUCCUGAACGAGACCACGGGUCCCAAAGCCAACGUGGAGUUCAUGGACGAGGCUCUGAUCAUGGCCAGCAUGGAGCACCCUCACCUAGUACGCCUGCUGGGUGUCUGCCUGAGCCCUACCAUCCAGCUGGUCACGCAGCUUAUGCCACACGGCUGCCUCCUCGACUACGUGCACGAGCAUAAGGACAACAUCGGGUCACAGCUGCUGCUCAACUGGUGCGUCCAAAUCGCAAAGGGGAUGAUGUACCUGGAAGAAAGGCGCCUGGUCCAUAGGGAUUUGGCCGCCCGCAAUGUGCUGGUGAAGUCGGCCAAUCACAUCAAGAUCACCGACUUCGGCCUCGCGCGGCUGCUGGAUGCCGACGAGAAGGAGUACAACGCGGACGGGGGCAAGGUUGGUAUGCCUGUUAAAUGGAUGGCUCUUGAGUGCAUCCACUACAGGAAGUUCACUCAUCAGAGCGAUGUGUGGAGUUAUGGAGUGACCAUCUGGGAGCUGAUGACGUUCGGAGGGAAACCGUACGACAGCAUCUCCACGCGGGAGAUCCCGGACAUCCUGGAGAAAGGCGAGCGCCUCCCUCAGCCGCCCAUUUGCACCAUAGAUGUCUACAUGGUCAUGGUCAAAUGCUGGAUGAUUGAUGCUGACAGCAGACCCAAGUUUAAGGAGCUUGCUGCAGAAUUCUGCAGGAUGGCCCGGGACCCCCAACGAUAUCUGGUCAUCCAAGGAGACGAUCGGAUGAAGCUGCCCAGCCCCAACGACAGCAAGUUCUUCCAGAGUCUCCUGGAUGAGGAGGACCUUGAUGACCUGAUGGAUGCCGACGAGUACCUGGUGCCUCGCGGUUUUGACGUAGCUCAUCCAUCAUACACAACGAGACCUCGAGUCGACUCAAACAGAAACCAGUUUGGCUAUCGGGAAGGAGGGCCAAACCCUUCAGAGGGUCUAGCAGAAGGGACAAAGGAGGAAGCCGCCGGUGGGCAGGGACCCACCCUGGAAGAUCAACACUGCAAUGGGAACUUGCAGAAGAAAGGUCUGAGCCAAGCUGGGGCUGAAGACAAUGGAGGACAGAGGUACAGCGCUGACCCCACCAUCUUCCUGGGCGAGAGGGUCUCCAGGGACAUGGACAAGGACGGAUACAUGACCCCCAUGAAGGACAAGAGCUCAUCAGAAUACCUGAACCCAAUUGAGGAAAACCCCUUUGUCUCUCGGCGUAAAAAUGGGGAGAUCCAUGCGUUGGACAACCCGGGCUACCACAGCACACCCAGCAGCCAGGCCAAAGCGGAGGACGAGUACAUCAACGAGCCCCUCUACUUCAACACCUUCCAUAGCACGGCUGAGACCCUGCGGAGAAACGGUCUGCCUCUUCCCACCCAGCCUCCUUCCGCCAUCUCAGCCGCCACCUCAGGGUCCCACCUCCCACUUAGCGUCCAGACCAGCCUGCCCCACUACCCUCUCCCCACGCCUUCGCCAUCUGGUAUGCCGUGUCACCACGCUCCGCUGACCCACAUCCUCCACGCCCACCACGCCAUCAAACCCACAGCACAAGCUAGCAUUCUCGGUGUCGGCUCCACCAGCCAGAGCCAAACAGGAACUACGGCACAGGCCUUGGCCUGCCAUUCAGGUGUGCCAUCCACGGCGGCGGCCCCCAUCGGACUGGCCUGCCUGCCAGGCUACCAGAGCCACAUAGCCUCGCAGCCUGCCAGCCUGCUGAAGCACGGUGGACAGACAGCAGGUAAAGCCGCUGGGAAGAAGCUGAAGGUAACCUUUGACAAUCCGGAGUACUGGCAGCACAGCUUGCCUCCCAAACCAUCUGACAGCACCCAGGGCGGGUCCGCCAACGCUAAGCUCUUCUACAAGCAGAAUGGACACAUUCGGUCGGCAGUAGCUGAAAACCCAGAGUACAUGUCGGAGUUUUCCCUUAAGUCUGGCCCUGUUCUGCCACCUCCUCCCUACCGGCAGAGAAAUACGGUGGUCUAGAUUGAUCCAGCCUCUAGAAACCUCUGCAUUUCACUGACCAGAGCCUCCACAAACCCCAACUCUAACCAUGAUAUCCGUUAUAGACCGUAGCAACAUCACCGCAGAAGGCUACCUGCACUUCUGUCAAGUAGUUACCGACUGCGAUCCGAGACCGUGGGAUUGUGAAGGACGAGUCACCAUGUGGAAUUACGGUCAUUUCCAGCGGAAACUACUGCCGUCCACUCUGCUGUGUCCGUUGGAAGAGCAGAACAAGAUUCCCUUUUCUUAUUUCCCAUGUAUAGAAACCCAUGGAAUCGACAGGAACCUAUGAAGGACUUAGAACGUGUUUCAACUUAAUUCAUCGAAUGGAGGAAAACACGUCUGAGAAGCUGAUCGGUCAUGCUCAUAUUUUUACCCCAAGUAUUUAUUUUAUACAGUAAUGUUUGUUUCUUUUUCAUUGGGUUGGUGAAAAAAUGUAACUGUGCUGCUGUGACGACAUUAAGUUUACAUUUACACAUAUAGUACUUUGCUCCGAAUCACAAAAUACCCUAAAGCAGCAGAAAGUAGAAAUCGAAAGACUUUGGGAUAUCUCAAAAAGUCUGAAGGGAAAGGUUUUAUCAGCCAAAGCUGUGUACGAGUAUUAUUUACAUGUAUUUAAAGGACAUUAUUGAACAUUUUUUUACAGUUUAAAAGCCAUGUCACAACACAAUCUGCAAUCAUGUCCGACAAAUAUUCCAUUUUUUGUACAAAAGUAUACUUGGUUAAUAUUUCAUAACAGUUAGGGCGAGGGCGUGUUUUUUUUUUCAUUAGCACUUUAUUGCCCUAGGGACUCUACUUUAUUUACCGUAUUUUUCCGGUUAUAAGUCGCUCCGGAGUAUAAGUCGCACCGGCCGAAAAUGCAUAAUAAAGAAGGAAAACAACAUAUAUACGUCGCACUGGAGUAUAAGUCGCAUUUUGGGGGGAAAUUUAUUUUAUAAAAUCCAACGCCAAGAAUAGACAUUUGAAAGGCAAUUUAAAAUAAAUAAAGAAUAGUGAACAACAGGCUGAAUAAGUGUACGUUAUAUGAGGCAUAAAUAACCAACUGCUAUGUUAACCUAACAUAUUAUGGUAAGAGUCAUUCAAAUAACUAAAACAAAUAGAACAUGCUAUACGUUUACCAAACAAUCUGUCACUCCUAACUGAUAAAUCCGAUAAAAUCUUCUUCUUCAAUGUCGCUUCUAAACAACUCUGCCAACUCCAAAGGUAUGCGCCGCUUCCUCUUGUCGUUUUCUGCUGCAUAUUUCACUACGUCCAGCUUGUAAUCUACAGUACAUGAUUUCCUUUUCGGUGCCAUUUUUGUUCAGCCCUUCUCAGUUUUUAUAAGUGACCGCCAACGUUGAAAUGAUCCAUUUUAAUAGCUACGGCGGUAGCAUAUAGCAGUUAGCAUUCCAUGACCCACAAUGCACUCCUGCCAUGACCCUCCCCCGAAGAAUUCUUAUUGGUUGACGUGUGUGUAACGAUUGCUGACAUUUUCUUCGUCUCUUCCGCGAAUGAGAUAAAUAAUAUUAUUUGAUAUUUUACGGUAAUGUGUUAAUAAUUUCACACACAAGUCGCUCCGGAGUAUAUGUCGCACCUCCGGUCAAACUAUGAAAAAAACUGCAACUUAUAGUCCGAAAAAUACGGUAGUAACCUAACUCUUGCGUUACGAAUGAACGAUACCUCAUUAUGAGUGACUAAUCAGAAGUUGUACUCCCCAAUCAAUAGGGUGCUUUCAACAAAAUAAUAAUGAAAAAUAAAUAAAUUAAUACCUUGAUUUUUGUUUUUACCGUAUUUUGUUCCAAAUAGUCAGAGGAACACCAAAUAGUGCAAUUUUUUUUCCACAAGAAAUAAUAAAAAUUUCAAUUAAUGUAAUUCGGACACAAAACACAUUCUACACACUAUAAAGAGAAUAAUUAUAGUUUUAUAUGCAAAAAAAAAAAAAAAGUCAAAUAUUUAAUAAAAAUAAAGGUAAAAGUGAUUUUACAUUUAUUAAAGACGGGCAGAGAGGAAGCAGUUAUGAAGAUGGCACCUUUAUACUUUACUAAGAAGUAUUUAUUUUAUUUAUUUAUUAGUGUUCCUCACCUUCUGUAUUUUCAAAAUUUAUCAAAGUGCUGUUCCUUUUUUUGGCCCCAUAUCGGCCUAUUUUGCACCUGGUCUCAUGUGAAAAACGGCAAAAAAAAAGCAGAGAGACUGUCUGAAAACAUGGACAGCACCUUGUUUAAAAGCGCCAACACAAAUGAAGGUGACAAACACGGAGAUGUUCAAUUUCCUGUCUGCAUUCUAUGAGCAAAUAAACCACACACAUGUACAAACCCAGUUUCCAUAUGAGUUGGGAAAUUAUGUUGGAUGUAAAUAUAAAUGGAAUACAAUGAUUUACAAAUCCUUUUCAACCCGUAUUCAUUUGAAUGCACUACAAAGACAAGAUAUUUGAUGUUCAAACUUGAAAACUUUAUUUUUAUUUUUUGCAAAUAUUAAUUAACUUAGAAUUUCAUGGCUGUAACAUGUGCCAAAGUAGUUGGGAAAGGGCAUGUUCACCACUGUGUUAUAUCACCUUUUCUUUCCUUUCUUUCCUUUCUUUCCUUUCUUUCUUAGUUUAUUUCAAACAUGAACCUGAACACACUUACAACAAAAUACAUCAAACAAUCCCACAUCAUUUCACAUCACAUCAUGUCCGAAAAGGAGUAGGAAUAAGCAAAGCUUAUUUAAUCCUACCCCUUUCCCACAUUAGAGCGUCUACAAUUAUAUACAUUCAUCCACUGGCCUCUUUUAUAGUAAAAUGACAUCCCUGAAUGAGUAAUACAAAAUUUUUGUAAUAUGUAAUUAAUUAAUUCAGUCAUUAUUAACAUACUGAGAUGAAGAAUAUCUUGUUUCCAAUAAGGUUGAGAGUGUUGCUCAUAAUUCUUCUUCUUUGUACUUUGUAAGCAUUAUUAAUUGGAACAGCCUCUUAAACUGGAUCACAUCAGUACAAUGUUUAACUUCUGUACUUAAUCCACUCCAUAAUUUAAUUCCACUUACUGAUACUUUUGACAACACUCAAUAAAUGUUUGGGAACUGAGGAAUUAAAUUGUUGAAGCUUUGAAAGUGGAAUUCUUUCCCAUUCUUGUUUUACGUAGAGCUUCAGUCGUUCAACAGUCCGGGGUCUCUGCUGUCGUAUUUUACGCUUCAUAAUGCGCCACACAUUUGGGUCCGGAUGACAAUGUUGAAUAUUUCCAAAAACAAUUUGAAAUGUGGACUCAUCAGACCACAGAACACUUUUCCACUUUGCAUCAGUUCAUCUUAGAUGAUCUCGAGCCUGAGAAGCCGGUGGCGUUUCUGGAUGUUGUUGAUAAAUGGCUUUCACUUUGCGUAGUAGAGCUUUAACUUGCACUUACAUAUGUAGCUACAAACUGUAUUUAGUGACACUGGUUUUCUGAAGUGUUCCUGAGCCCAUGUGGUGAUAUCCUUUAGAGAGUGAUGUCUGUUUUUGAUACAGUGCUGAGGGAUCAAAGGUCACGGUCAUUCAAUGUUGGUUUCCGGCCAUGCUGCUUACGUGGAGUGAUUUCUCCAGAUUCUCUGAACCUUUUGAUGAUAUUAUGGACCAUAGAUGUUGAAAUCCCUAAAUUUCUUGCAAUUGCACUUUGAGAAACGUUGUUCGUAAACUGUUUGACUAUUUGCUCACGCAGUUGUGGACAAAGGGGUGUACCUCGCCCCAUCCUUUCUUGUGAAAGACUGAGCAUUUUUUGGGAAGUUCUUUUUAUACCCAAUCAUGGCACCCACCUGUUCCCAAAUACCCUGCACACCUGUGGGAUGUUCCAUAUAAGUGUUUGAUGAGCAUUCCUCAACGUUAUCAGUAUUCAUUGCCACCUUUUCCAAAAUAUUUGUCACGUGUUGCUGGCAUCAAAUUCUAAAGUUAAUGAGUAUUUGCAAAAAAAAAAAAAAAGUUUAUCAGUUUGUACAUCAAAUAUGUUGUCUUUUUAGCAUAUUCAACUGAAUAUGGGUUGAAAAUGAUUUACAAAUCAUUGUAUUCCGUUUAUAUUUACAUCUAACACAAUUUUCCCAACUCAUAUGGAAACGGGGUUUGUAAUAAAGAUGCAUUACGGAUUUCCUGGCAGUUGGUUUAUAAAGAAAAAAUGAGUGUCCAAAGUGAGGGGCCCGAUAACCGAGACAAUAUACACACUGAAUCAUAAGAAAAGUACACAAACUAAGGUACCCCUUUAUAAUAACAUCAUAAAAUAUAACACAACACCUCACAAGAUUGAAAAAGUUACUUAAAGGGAAAGUUAAUGAAUGGGGAAAAUGUAAAGUAUCUUCAUAAAAUGGUAAAGAUUUAUUUUAUGAAAGAAAUCCUAAACAAAGGCUCCUGAUCACAUGGUUUGUGGCACAAAGUAAAAAUGUGACGUUUUCAUGUCAAUAUGACACAGACUUAAAAAAAAACAAAAACAACAAAGACUGAAAUUGCUGAUGUAUGCAUUCCGGGCCACAAGUUGGCAUUUUAAUGAAACAUUACCCGCACCAACUGCUAGUUCUUCUGGGUCUUAUCAAUUCCGUCAUUUUUUUUUUUAUUAUUAUUUUUAUUAUGAUGUACAGACACAGGCAUUCACAGGUUUUGUUUUUUGAAUAAUUUUAACAUCAAAUGUUUCCAAACUGCCUUUGUCAUGCGUAUAAAAUGGGGAAAAUUAUUUUACCAUCGACACAGUAUAAAGGUCAUGUAAGGGUACGAAAAUACAAAAACUUUAUUUUUAUGUGUUUCAUCCAACCUGUACUGUUAAACCUUUAGUUGUUUUCAUAUUCGCUUAAAACAGGGGUGUCCAAAGUGCAGCCCGCAGUUAAUAGUUUACCGGCCCACCACACAUUCUGCAAAAAUUGCAAAAUUGAUAGUGUUGCAAAAAUUUAAAAAAACAUUAAAAAAAAAGUGUAAUGAGGUAAAAAUCUAAUGAGAAAAAGUGGCAAUGUUGACAUUCAGGCAGUUUUUUUUGUUCCUUUUGUCUUUAUUUUCUUUUUUUCCAUUGCUCAAAAAAAAAGGUCAAAAAAAUCUGUUAUAAUCAAUCAAUCAAUCAAUCAAUGUUUAUUUAUAUAGCCCUUAAUCACAAAUGUGUCAAAGGACUGUACAAACCACUACGACUAUGACAUCCUCGGAAGAACCCACAUUAGGGCAAGGAAAACUCACACCCAGUGGGACGCCAGUGACAAUGAUGACUAUGAGAAACCUUGGAGAGGACCUCUAGGGGACCGAAAGUAAUGGAUGUCGAGCGGGUCUAAUAUGAUACUGUGAAAGUUCAAUCCAUAGUGGCUCCAACACAGCUGCGAGAGUUCAGUUCAAAGCGGAUCCAAAAAAAUCUGUUAUGAUGAACUAUUACUUAAAAAGUAUCACUUUAAAAUGUUUUAUGUGGAAAAAUAUUGCAUUUGUUGUAUGGUUGCCAUAUAAAAACAUCAACGUUUUGACAAAAGAAAGCAUAAAACAAACAAAAUAAUAGUUCAAACUUAAAAUCAACAGAUAUAUCAGAAGUUGAUCUUGAAAUUUAAGUGUUAAAAGUAAAAAGAAAAACUAGUAAAAAUGCAUCACUUUAUGAGUGGGGAAAUUUCGGAUCUCAAAUAUAUUAAGUAGGAUUUUAUUUAACUUUUCACUGUGAUUACUCAAAAAUAUUAAAUAAUUAAAAUCAAUGGUGUCCUGCAUUAUUGAUCUUUGAGGGCUUUAAUUGCUAAAUAAAGGAACUCUCCUGAAGGAAUCAAUAAAGUACUAUCUAUCUAUCUAUCUAAAUACUGCAUAUUUCAGUUUUACUUUAAAAAACAAAGUUGUCUUUGACAAAAAGGCAUAAAACCUU